UCAAUUUUAUCCCUAGAAGCAGCUAGCGACUCCAGGUGCAUAGGUGCCAUGCAGCCCCGGAUGCUCCUCAUUGUGGCCCUCUCGGCUCUCCUGGCAUCUGCCCGAGCUGAGGAGGUAGAGGGAUCCUUGCUGCUGGGCUCUGUGCAGGGCUACAUGGAACAAGCCUCUAAGACGGUUCAAGAUGCACUAAGCAGUGUGCAGGAGUCUGAUAUAGCUGUGGUGGCCAGGGGCUGGAUGGACAAUCGCUUCAAAUCCCUGAAAGGCUACUGGAGCAAGUUUACUGACAAGUUCACUGGCCUCUGGGAUUCUAUCCCUGAGGCCCAACCAACUCCAGCUAUUGAGCCGUGAGACUUCUAUGUUCCAGAUGUCCUGUUCCUCCACCCUGCUGCCACCCCCGCCCCCAGGCCUGCCAGGUGGCCCCUGAAGGUUGCUUUAAGAGGAAAGUAUACUCUCACUUCUUCACCCCUCCCCGGACCUCACCUAAACAUGCUAAUAAAGCUGGAUAAGAA